CAUAUUCGUUUCGUUUUUGUUUCCAACGACAAUCAACUCCUGAACACCGACGUGAGCAUUUCAGAGAACGACUGAUCAAGACAAUCUUGGAAAAGUUGGAAAAAUAUACACUUAAAACAUUCCCAAUGACACCACCAAUCACAACUGUCUAUGUUACUGUGGGAAGCACAAAGUUCGAUUCCCUCAUCAGGGAAAUGACCAGCGAUGACAUUUUGCAGCUUCUGAAAAAGAAAGGUUGUAAACAUCUGAUCCUUCAGGUGGGCAAAGGUAACAAAGUUGAUGAGGCGGCAAUAGCAGCAAAGCAUGGCAUACAAGUGGAACAGUAUGAUUUUAAAAUCGAGCCAAAACGUAUGGACAUUAUUAAUUCAGAUUUGGUUGUGGGACAUGCAGGCGCUGGCACUUGCUUGGAUAUUUUAACUGCCCGCAAACUGGGCGUUUUGGUCAUCAAUGACCAAUUGAUGAAUAAUCAUCAACAGGAAUUGGCUUUGCACAUGAAAAAGGAGGGCUAUCUGCAGUGUUGUACUGUCAAUGAGCUGAAGACAGCGUUGGAAAGUGUACUUGUGGACAAACAGAAUACCUAUGAGCCCGGAAAGAAUAUGGAUAAAUUUGUAGAAUUUAUGGAUAAUUUAUUAGUUAAUUAAAUAAAUAUAUGUAUGUAUGUAUAGUUA